CUUUCGUCGACUCUAGACAGACAAGGCUAAGCUAGGCUAAGCCCGAUUAGUUGCCCACCCAUCUAACCUUAGCUCUUCUUCAACACCUUCGACACGCUUCGAGAAGGCUGAGUUGAAUGACCAAUUUGCGCAUCCGGGACUCCAUCGUUGCUUUUUUCGAAACGAUAACAUCGCAGAAAAGAGUGGUGGUCUGUCAUUCUUCUCCACUGAGCAUCUUCCUUCCCUUUCCAAGUCCAGGCUUUCCCUGUUUCAAGGAUCAACAUGGCAGACACCACAGCGAACGCACCUGUCGCUCCGGUCGUGUUCAAGAGUCGAAAAGGAAAGGCGAACAUUCGAAAGCGACCAGCAACUCCGCCCCCUGCCAACAGUGACAGCGAUGAUUCAGACUACUCGUCGUCGGAAAACGAGCAAGGACAGCCGGUAAAGCGGAGGAAGAAGAGUAGUGCUGUAGUGACGGCCUCUUCCAAGAACAACGCCACCUCCCAUCAUGAGUCGGCGACCAUCUUCUCUGCUGAUCGCAACCUCCCCAUCACCUCCACCAAUGAUGCCACAAAGCAGAGCAACUGGUAUGAUGAGGAUUCGAACCUUCUAGGCAAGACGAGACCCAUGCCCAAGUCUGGCGCAGACGCAGAUGCUAGUGUACAGCAGCAGCAACCUGAUGGCACUUACAAGGGGUUGGCGAAUCGCACCACAUUCAUCCAGAAGAAUCCCGACGCCCCUAGUCGGACGGUCGGUCCAGUCAAGGCGCCAACCAACAUCCGGACCAUCACCGUUACCGACUACGCCCCCGAUGUGUGCAAGGACUACAAGCAGACAGGCUUCUGCGGCUUUGGUGACAACUGCAAGUUUCUCCACGCCCGUGAGGCUUAUUCGCAGGGGUGGCAGCUCGAUCGCGAUUGGGAGAUCAAAACCAAGGGAAAGAAGAACGUGGGUGGGACAGUCGUCGCUAGCGCGGACCGUGCAAGGAAUCCGGAGGACAACGACGAGGCCGAUGCAGCUCUUCUCGAGAAGAUCCCCUUCGCAUGCAUUAUUUGCAAGGGGGACUACCGAAGCCCAAUCAAGACAAGAUGUGGACACUAUUUCUGUGAGCCAUGCGCUCUUCAACGAUAUAGGAAGGACCCCAGCUGUGCGGCUUGUGGUGCGGGGACAAACGGCGUUUUUAACUCAGCCAAAGAGCUGAAGAGGCUUCUCGAGAAGAAAAAGGCCCGAGCCGAGAGGAAGAGACAGGAGGCCAUCGAGGCUGGCGAAGAUCCCGACGCUGAAGAAGCGACAACUGGAAAAUGAUCCCAUAGCAUC